UAUCGUGUUUCAAGUAAAUAUUUUGACUCAACGAGAGAUGGUGGUGGUCUUCUUGGUAAAUUUUGUAGUUUCACAGGGAAAAUUGAGGAUGUAGACGAGGGCCCUGCAAUUGGCUAUGAUAGUGCGUCAGGUGCGCAGUAUAAUCGAGUUGCAGAAGAGGAUGAACAUGUUUAUGCAAAUAUGGAGGAACUUAGAGAAGAGAGUAUGAGGAAAGAGAAUCCUCCUACUCCUGACUUUUUUAGAUCAUACUUUUUCAAUAGAGAGCGCGGUGAAUGCAGUUGGAAGCCCCCACGUUUCCAAAAGAAUGUCUCUUGUAUUGGUUAUAAGGAAAAUAACGUUUCAGAAGCUUCGAGUCGUUGCUUGUUAGAAAAAAAUUCUAUCCAGGUCACUAUUAGCAUUUUUGAGUUGGAUAAUAAUUGCUCGGAAGCGGGAGUGACUUUGAAAAAAAAGGAGUGGACGUCUUGUUAUGUAUUUCUUUCUGCUGCUCAUUUGAUUUUCUAUAAGGAUGCUAGAAGUGCUGAGAAGUUGGGUAGACAUUAUGAAGCUCCGUUAGGCAUGUGCGAACUUCGUGGCGCAAAUCUUCAGUGGUUUGACGAUAAGAGAAGAAAGCAUUUGACUCUGAUUGACGGAACGGUGUAUCUUUUUAACACUCUAAAUUGUCAAGACAUUAACAGCUGGUUCCAUGCAAUAAAGCGAGUGAUUAGGAAACAGGUUGUUCUUUUCUUCUGUUUUUUAGUGAUUGUGGAGACCUGUUGUCACUUAUUUGUUUUGCAGGCUAUUAAACGAAAUAUGGCAAAAUCUGCACCAAACAAAGCAAAAAUCAUACACAGAUUGAAGCGCUUUUUUCGAUCUCGUCCUUCUCUAGAAACCUUGAAAGAGAAAGGCAUUUACAAGACAGAACCAGUGUUUGGCAACACGUUGUUGGGGAUAUGUCACCAGGAAAAGAGUCUGGUUCCAAAAUUUAUAUUUGUUGUCACUGAGGUAAUUGAACUGUUAGGUUUGGAUACAGAUGGGAUCUACAGAGUUAGCGGCAAUCUUUCUUCUAUUCAGAGAAUUCGUUUUAUUGUCUGUGCAUUUUUUCAUUUCUGCCAGAAGUCCCUUUGGAAAUACACAGAUGUUUUACAUGAAGAAGAUAUUCAUGUGCUCACUGGAGCCCUAAAGCUCUUUUUUCGGGAAUUGGCGGAACCAGUAUUUCCGCAUAAUAUUUCAAAGGAUCUCAUAGCAGCAAAUACUAAGAUACAAAAAUUUGAUGAAAUAAUAAAGACGUUACCUGUAGUUCAUCGGGAGACAUUGAGAACUUUAUUUGUUCAUUUGUUGAAGGUCUCGCGGUUCGCAAAGAAAAAUAGAAUGGAAAUACACAAUUUGGCCAUUGUAUUCGGACCAUCAUUAUUUAGUGCAGGUGCCGAUGCGCUUCAUAAGGGUAAAAAGGGAGAAAAAAAGAAUCUGGAAGCUACAGGCGUACAAAACAACUCGCAUUUUGUUUUCAACAUGAUAAUGCAGGGCCAAAUUCUUGAGUAUCUCCUUACUGAAUUUGACAAUCUUCUGAAGACUCCUCUUAUUAUGCGGUUUGUUUUGCUUCUAGUAAACUGA